AUGACGAAAGAUCAGCAAGUCAAAGUUGCGGCGGUUCAGGCUGCACCAGUGGCCUUCGAUCUUGAGGAGAGUCUGAAGAAAGUUGAGAAGUUGACCGCUGAGGCAGCAAAGCAAGGUGCAGAGCUUGUGGCAUUUCCUGAGGGGUUUCUGUCAGCCUACCCAUGGAGAUAUGCAUUCGAUGCAACCAUCGGUGCACGUGAGCCACGAGGUCGCAAGUGGUAUGCGAAGUAUUAUGAGUCUUCAGUCGCGAUACCAUCUCCAGAAUUCGAAGUCCUCCAAAACAUCGCAAGCGAAAAUAAGAUCAAUCUUUCAAUAGGCAUAAUCGAGAAAGAUGGAGCAACUUUGUAUUGCACUGCGAUAUUGAUUGGGAAAGACGGAGCCUUGCUCAGCAAGCAUAGAAAGCUGGUUCCAACAGCGGUUGAACGUCUCGUGUGGGGUCGAGGGUCCGGGGAGUCUCUAAAGGUAGUCGACGCUGGCUUUGGAAAGAUAGGGGGUUUGAUAUGUUGGGAGAACUACAUGCCAGCCGCUCGUCUGGCAUUAUAUCAGUUGGGUGUGGAAAUAUAUAUUGCUCCCAAUGCAGACGAUCUACCUUCAUGGACUGCUUCCAUGCAACAUAUUGCGAAAGAAGGACGAUGUUUUGUAAUAUCUGUCAAUCAAUUCUGCAAAGUUUCCGACUUCCCAUCUGACUAUCCUCCUUUUGCACCUGGUCACCAUGAUCGCAAUGCGAAUGGGGAGCCUUGGACUAAGGACGAUAUCUUGAACCAUGGCGGAUCUUGUGUCAUAGGACCACUUGGAACCUUCCUAGCGGAGCCUGUAUUCGACAAAGAGGAAAUUGUAUACGCAACGUUGAACUCGUCGGAGCUGGUAGAAGCAAGAAUGGACUUUGAUGCAGUUGGAAGCUAUUCCAGACCUGACAUAUUUUCAUUGACCGUGAACACGAAGCCGACGCCCAAUGUGGCGUUUGAAUGAAGAUCACAAACGUAGCUGAAACUGGCGCGUAGUAUGGAAUUCUGCACAUACCGGUGGGGGAUGAAGGGCAAAGUUAGACAGGAAGAGAGUGCAUUUCGUUGAAAGGCGGUCUUAGUUCUGAGUUGUACGCUUGUCUAAGCAAUGUGCGCAUACCUGAGACCAAUCUGAGCGCUAAGUCGAUUUCGCACAUCCUGGUCUCAAACCUCGACUCUUUUUCUUUCAUCCUUCAAAAUAUCUUUAAGCAACUCCCGAAUGCGCAUUGAGGUUUGUCUAACAGCGAGCACAUUAAUAUACGUACCUCGUCACUUGCCUGUUCGCCAAUUAUCAAUCACGCAAGCCGAUCUCGCAGAAUUAAUGACCGGCAGAUUUUUAGACUUCUCACCCACUAACUCUUUCCGAGGUAGUACCUUGAAGAUCCGCACAUUGCAUCGGAUUCAAGAAUCCACUUGGCAGGCUACACGGCCCUGGGAAAGUUUUCCAUGCCUGUGC